AUGCAAAGAGAGUGCCUCCCCUUGUUUGUUGUUCUUCUUUCUAGCCUUGGCUUUUCGGCCUCUGAGACCGAAAAGUCGUCAUUUGAUGUUAAGACGGAGGUGUUAUCGCCAACUACGGUACGCCUAUCUUGGGUGGAUUUCGAAGGGGAGCAUGGGACGUCGGCUUCGAGAUUUCGUGUCCUCUGUACGGCUGACGGCAAACUAGCCGUUGAAGCAGCAAUCUCGAGGAAGGAAGUGGAACUCGGCACGUUCAUCCCAGGGAAGGAAUACACAUGCGAGGUUCAUCCAAUCUGGGGCAAAAUUGUUGAGGGUAUGGAGGUGGUUUCAGCAAAUCCGGGAAUAUCAAAACCGUUUACUAUGCCAAAACUUGACGAAGCUGAUAAAGUGGUCGAUGAAUGCGGAGACACGGAAGGCGAAGUACGAGGGGAGACGAAGGCAGCAGGAGACCAUCGAAAUGGAUCAGAAGCAAGCAAGGAAUUGUCUGAUGUCGUCGUAAAGCCCCAUGUACAAGCAGAGGCAAUCGAUGCGACCAAAGCGCGUGUCGCGUGGGGAUCAGUUACACGGAAUGGGGUUGAGGCCUCGAGGUACCGAGUUGUUUGCCAAACGGAGGAUCCGCACAAGGAAUCUGUUAAGGUUGCUUCGACUAAGCAAACAGUCCUGGAGAUCGGCACCCUUGAACCUCGUCUUCGAUACACUUGCUCAGUUUAUGCUAUUUGGGAUGACUUAGUGCCAGAGAUCGAGGUCGUUUCUCCUCACCCGGGAAUAUCCAACGUUUUCACGAUGCCAGGUGGAGUUACUAUUAAACUACGCCAGUAA